UUUAUCCUUGCUACGGCAUUAAAUUGAUCUUUUCAUAAAUAAUGGGAUAAUUUGACGAUUCAUGGCAGCAAGUGAAGAAUUCCUGUGUAACGAAACGCGUGUUCGAUUUUUUCGCGACGUUUUCUCGAUGAAUAACAAAGUUUAUGAUUUCGUGUGUUGGUUUCUUUGUGUCCGAGUGCUCAAUAUGUGAUUCUCAGAUCAAAACAUUGUGAUUGCGAAGAUUUAUCUCUGAAUUGUCGAUAGCAAUUACUCUCAGAUAUAAUUUAUCUUUUAUUAAUUCGUUUGAAUCAGUUCAGAAACGGCUUCUGCCGGAUCAGAGUAUGAACGCAUGAAUUAUUUCGAUUUUUCUCUGUGGUCGAUUCUAUUUGUGUGUGUUUUUGCUCUAGUACGUUUUGUUUUUUGUGCUUUUAGUUGUACUGUUCCGAAGAAAACAGAAAAAGAAUCCGAUACCGAGAACGUAUCGGAGAAAGGAAGACGACCACGCAUCAUCCAGAGAUCCAUAUCCGAAGAGGAGGAAUUCAAUUUACGAUUGCAACAGACGUUCCCGCACAAGUUCAGACCGAAACUGGAAAAAAUGGCGGAGGAGGACGGGAAUCCGGUUCAGUUCACGUUGGGCGACGGGUCCGCCGAAUCGGAAAUGAACGAAAAGGACGACUUCUUUCCACAGAACGAAGCACAGAUGAACGGGCUGAACCAGCCUCCCGUCGCCGCGUCAGGUGGUCAGGGGGGGUUCGCCACCGACUACCAGCACGCCCUCGCGGAAAGGAGGAAAACCCUGAAGCCCAGCAUGUCCCAGGGGACGGUCAUGCUGCACAACAGGCUUCAGGAGAAGGAUUUUACGGUGGCCACGCCGGAAGAGUUCGUCAAGAGGUUCAACGGGACUAAAGUCAUAAACAAGGUGCUGAUCGCCAACAACGGUAUCGCAGCCGUGAAAUGCAUGAGAUCUGUAAGAAGAUGGUCCUACGAGAUGUUCAAGAACGAGAGGGCCGUGAGGUUCGUGGUCAUGGUGACCCCCGAAGACUUGAAAGCGAACGCCGAAUACAUCAAGAUGGCCGAUCAUUACGUCCCGGUGCCCGGAGGCACCAACAACAACAACUACGCCAACGUGGAACUCAUCGUCGACAUAGCUAUACGGCUACAAGUGCAGGCCGUCUGGGCGGGGUGGGGCCACGCCUCGGAGAACCCCAAAUUGCCGGAACUCCUACACAAGAACAACAUAUCCUUCAUCGGGCCCAACGAGAAGGCCAUGUGGGCUUUGGGCGACAAAAUAGCAUCUUCCAUCGUAGCCCAAACAGCGGCGGUACCAACCCUACCAUGGUCCGGUUCCGAACUGAAGGCUCAAUACUCCGGUAAAAGGAUCAAGAUAUCGUCCGAACUGUUCGCGAAAGGAUGCGUCACCACCGCCGAAGAAGGCCUUAAGGCCGCACAGAAGAUAGGCUUUCCCGUCAUGAUAAAAGCGUCCGAGGGCGGCGGCGGAAAGGGUAUCAGGAAGGUGGAGAACGCUGAAGAUUUCGCCCAGGCCUUCAGACAGGUCCAGGCCGAGAUACCCGGAAGUCCGAUAUUCGUCAUGAAGCUCGCCAAGUGCGCCAGGCAUCUGGAGGUGCAGCUGCUGGCCGAUAAUUACGGUAACGCCAUCUCCCUGUUCGGCCGCGACUGUUCCAUCCAGCGAAGACACCAGAAGAUCAUCGAGGAGGCGCCGGCCGUGAUAGCCUCCCCCGACAUAUUCGAGGACAUGGAGAAGGCGGCCGUGCGUCUUGCCAAAAUGGUGGGUUACGUAUCCGCCGGCACCGUGGAAUACCUGUACGACCCCUCGGGCGCGUAUUACUUCCUCGAGUUGAACCCCAGGCUGCAGGUGGAACACCCCUGUACCGAGAUGGUGUCCGACGUCAACCUACCAGCGGCCCAGUUGCAGAUCGCCAUGGGUCUGCCCCUGCAUUACAUCAAGGACAUCAGGCUGUUAUACGGCGAAUCCCCGUGGGGCACGACCGAGAUCGAUUUCGACAACCCUAGACAGAAACCCCAACCCUGGGGUCACGUGAUCGCGGCCAGGAUAACCUCGGAGAACCCCGACGAAGGUUUCAAACCCAGCUCCGGUACCGUGCAAGAGCUCAAUUUCAGAUCGUCGAAGAACGUCUGGGGUUAUUUCUCGGUGGCGGCUUCUGGAGGUCUUCACGAGUUCGCCGAUUCCCAGUUCGGACAUUGUUUCUCAUGGGGCGAGGACAGGGAACAGGCCAGGGAGAAUCUGGUCAUAGCCUUGAAGGAGCUGUCCAUCAGGGGAGACUUCCGGACCACCGUGGAAUACCUGAUCACUCUGCUGGAGACCAAGAGCUUCCAGGAAAAUUCGAUAGAUACCCAAUGGUUGGACGUUCUGAUCGCCGAGAGGAUGCCUUCGGAAAAGCCGGACAUCAUGCUGGGAGUCAUCUGCGGCUCUUUACUCAUCGCGGACAACACCAUAAGUACAUCUUUCAACGAAUUCAUCACCUCGUUGGAAAGAGGACAGAUCCAAGCCUCCAACACUUUAAGCAACGUCGUUGACGUGGAAUUGAUACACGAAGGGUACAAGUACAAGGUCCAAGCGACAAAGAGCGGACCCAACACCUACUUCCUCCUGAUGAACGGAUCCUUCAAGGAGAUCGAGGUGCACCGGAUGAACGACGGCGGCAUCCUCCUGUCCGUGGACGGCAACUCCUUCACCACCUACAUGAAGGAGGAGGUGGACAGGUACAGGAUCGUGAUCGGCAACCAGACGUGCGUCUUCGAGAAGGAGAACGACCCCACGGUGCUCCGAUCCCCGUCGGCCGGCAAACUGCUCGGUUUCCUGGUGGAGGAAGGCGGUCACGUCGACAAGGGCCAGGCGUUCGCCGAGAUCGAGGUCAUGAAGAUGGUGAUGACGCUGACGGUGAACGAGGCGGGCACCGUGAGCUACGCCAAGAGGCCGGGGGCGGUCUUGGAGCCGGGAAGCGUGCUGGCCAACCUGGACCUGGACGAUCCGUCCCUGGUCACCAAGGCGGUGCUGUACAAGGGACCGUUCCCCGAGCUCGACGUCUCGGUGCCCGUCAGCUCCGACAAGCUGAACCACAUCCACAACGGGUACAGGGCCGUGCUGGAGAACACGCUGGCCGGCUACUGCCUGCCGGAACCGUACAACUCGGCCAGGCUCAGGGAGAUCAUCGAGAACUUCAUGGCCAGCCUGAGGGAUCCCAGUCUGCCGCUGCUCGAGCUGCAGGAGGUGAUGGCCUCCGUAUCCGGCAGGAUACACAACAGGGUGGAGAAGCCCAUCAGGCAGCUGAUGCUGCAGUACGAGAAGAACAUUACGUCCGUGCUUUCGCAGUUUCCCAGUCAAGAGAUCGCCGCAGUGAUCGACCAGUACGCCGCCACCCUGUCCAAACGGUCGGACCGCGACAAUUUCUUCCUGGCCACCGAGGGCAUAAUCCAGCUAGUCCAGAGGUACCGGAACGGCAUCAGGGGCCGCAUGAAGGCGGCCGUCCAGCACCUGCUCAAGCAGUACUACGAGGUGGAGAGCCAGUUCCAGCAGGGCAGCUACGACAAGUGCGUCGCGCAGCUGAGGGAGAAGUACAAGGACGACAUGUCCCAGGUGUCCGCGACCAUAUUCUCGCACAGUCAGGUCUCGAAGAAGAACCUGCUGAUCACGAUGCUCAUCGACCAUCUGUGGAGCAACGAACCGGGCCUCACGGACGAACUGGCGCCCGCCCUCAACGAGCUGACGGCCCUCAACCGUUCCGACCAUUCGAGGGUGGCUCUAAGGGCCCGUCAGGUGCUCAUAGCGGCCCAUCAGCCGGCCUACGAGCUCAGGCACAACCAGAUGGAGAGCAUCUUCCUGUCCGCCGUGGACAUGUACGGUCACGAGUUUCACCCGGAGAAUCUCCAUAAGCUCAUCGUGUCCGAGACCUCGAUAUUCGACAUAUUACACGACUUUUUCUACCACAGCAAUCGGGCGGUUUGCAACGCCGCCCUGGAGGUCUACGUCAGGAGGGCGUACACGAGCUACGACAUAUCCACGUUGCAACACUUGGAACUGAGCGGGGAAGUCCCGAUCGUCUACUUCCAAUUCAUGCUGCCUCCCUCACAUCCCAGCAGGCUGAGCAAGCUGGACGAGCUGAAGGAAGGCGAAGAGAUCGAAGCCAGAAAAGUCGUGGAUAACUUCUACAGGACCGGGAUAAUGUCGGCCUUCGACACCAUCCACCAGUUCGAGAAGUACCUGGACGAGAUCCUGGACCUCAUCGAAGACUUCAACAGCACCGCCCAGGUGUCCCUGCGGGACCUCAACGCCCUGGAGAGCGGUUCGGAGUCCCGGACCAACAGCACCUCGAUAAACGUCAGCCUUUCCAUAGAUCCCUCGACGGUCAAGCACACCGACGAGGAGAUAAUCCUCGAACCCAUCCACAUCAUGCACGUGGGAUUUAGGGACAAGGGCGACACCGACGAUUCCUCCAUCUCCAGGUUGUUGGGGAAGAUCUGCAAGAAGUACAAGGACGAACUGGACAAGAGAGGCAUAAGGAGGAUAACUUUCGCCGCUUUGAAACACAAGCAAUCCCCCAAAUUCUUCACGUUCCGAGCCAGAGAUGGUUUCGUGGAAGACAAGAUUUACCGUCACCUGGAACCUGCCUGCGCCUUCCAGCUGGAACUCAACCGUAUGAAGAAUUACAACCUGGAGGCCCUGACCACGUCCAACCAGAAGAUGCACCUGUACCUGGGGAAAGCGAAGGUGGAAGGUGGUGGAGAAGUUACGGAUUACAGGUUCUUCAUCAGGACCAUCAUAAGACACUCGGAUCUGAUCACGAAGGAGGCUUCUUUCGAGUACCUGCAGAACGAAGGCGAGAGGGUGUUGCUGGAGGCCAUGGACGAACUUGAGGUGGCUUUCAGUCACCCCCAGUCCAGGAGGACGGAUUGCAACCAUAUCUUCUUGAAUUUCGUGCCAACCGUCAUCAUGGACCCGGCUAAGAUCGAAGAGGCUGUAACGAAUAUGGUGAUCCGUUACGGACCCAGACUGUGGAAACUCAGGGUGCUCCAGGCCGAACUCAAGAUGAUCAUCAGAUCGACUCCGAAUAGCCCCACGACGACCAUAAGGUUAUGUUUGGCCAACGACAGCGGGUAUUAUCUGGACAUCAACAUGUACACCGAAGUGGUGGACAAAGAAACAGGAAUCAUCAGUUUCCAAGCCUACGGACAGAAACAGGGACCGAUGCAUGGUCUGCCCAUCUCCACCCCUUACCUGGCCAAGGAUUAUCUCCAGCAAAAAAGGUUCCAGGCGCAGAGCUCGGGGACGACGUACGUCUACGACUUCCCAGACAUGUUCAGGCAGAUGGUGGACCUGCACUGGAAGCAGUACCAAGAGAGGAGUUCAGCGAAUAUCAAGAGCCCCGACAAGCUGAUGGAGAUCGUGGAGCUGAUACUGGACCCGGAGACCGAGACCAGGCUGAUCGAACAGAAGAGGGUACCUGGGGAGAACAACGUGGGUAUGGUGGCUUGGAAAUUGACCCUGCACACACCGGAAUAUCCCCACGGGAGGGACAUCAUAGUCAUCGCCAACGAUAUCACGCAUCUGAUCGGCGCGUUCGGGCCCAGGGAAGAUAAGGUCUUCGCCCUGGCCAGCGAGAUGGCGCGCCACCUGAGGAUCCCCCGCAUCUACAUCUCGGCCAACUGCGGCGCCCGCAUCGGCCUGGCCGAGGAGAUGAAGGCCCUGUUCAAGGUGGCCCUGGUGGAUCCCGAGGAUCCGGACAAGGGCUUCCGGUACCUCUACCUGACCCCCGAGGAUUACGCGAAGGUCAGCGCCAAGAACUCCUGCAAGGCGGAACUGAUCGAGGACGACGGAGAGUCCAGAUACAGGAUCACCGAUAUCAUAGGUAAAGACGACGGUCUGGGCGUGGAGAACCUGAGGUACGCCGGUAUGAUAGCCGGAGAGACCUCGAGGGCGUACGACGAGGUGGUCACGAUCUCGAUGGUGACCUGCAGGGCCAUAGGGAUAGGUUCGUAUCUGGUGAGGCUGGGACAGAGGGUGAUACAGAUCGAGAAUUCCACCAUCAUCCUGACCGGUUUCCAGGCCCUCAACAAGGUGCUGGGAAGACCGGUUUACGCCUCCAAUCAUCAAUUGGGAGGCAUCCAGAUCAUGUACAACAACGGGGUGUCCCACAAAACUGAACAGAGCGAUCUUGAUGGGAUCUACACCAUACUCAAGUGGCUUUCUUACAUCCCCAAGGACAAAGUGUCUCCUUUACCGAUAGUGCCUUCGAUGGAUCCCAUAGAGAGAUCCAUCGAUUUCCUACCCACCAAAGCGCCUUACGACCCCAGAUGGAUGUUGGGAGGUCGAAAGUCUCCGAGCGGCGAAUGGGAAUCAGGGUUCUUCGACAAGGACAGCUGGUCGGAAAUAAUGCAACCUUGGGCCCAGACCGUCAUAGUCGGAAGGGCAAAGUUGGGCGGUAUCCCAGUGGGCGUCAUCGCGGUAGAAACGAGGACCGUGGAGGUCAAACUGCCCGCAGAUCCGGCCAAUCUGGAUUCGGAAGCGAAGACUGUGUCCCAAGCUGGACAGGUGUGGUUCCCGGAUUCGGCGCAUAAGACCGCAACAGCCAUUGAAGAUUUCUCCAGGGAGGACCUACCGUUGAUCAUCUUUGCCAAUUGGAGGGGAUUCAGUGGCGGGAUGAAAGACAUGUACGACGAGAUCCUCAAGUUCGGGGCCAAGAUCGUGGAUGCCCUAAGAAAGUACAAGCAGCCGGUGGUGGUGUACAUACCCCCCAACGGCGAGCUUCGCGGAGGCGCCUGGGCCGUGGUAGAUCCCUUGAUCAACCCCAAUUACAUGGAGAUGUACGCCGAUACGGACGCCAGGGGCGGGGUGCUAGAAGCUGAAGGUAUCGUCGAGAUCAAGUUCCGACUGAAGGAUCAGGUCAAGGCGAUGCAUCGUAACGACCCCGUACUGGCGGAUCUGGACGGCCAGCUCAAGAAUCUCCAGCAGAACCAGCCGAUGGCGAUGAGGGAAAGGUCGUCCAGCAUCUCCCACAAUGUGGAACGUCCCAAGUCGCAGGAGGUGCUGGAUCUGGAGGCCAAGAUAGCCGACAGGGAGAAGUUGCUGAUGCCUCUGUACCACACCGUGGCCGUACACUUCGCCGAUCUGCACGACACCCCCGUGAGGAUGCUGGAGAAGGACACCAUAACCGAUAUAGUGCCUUGGAAGAUGGCCCGUAGGACCCUCUACUGGCGUUUGCGCAGGCUUAUCCUGCAACACAGGGUGGUCAAGACGUUGACCGAAGCCCAACCUAACCUAACGAUCGGUCAAGGUGAGGCUAUGCUGAGGAGGUGGUUCCUCGAAGAUCUAGGGACGUCGGAGGGAUACAAAUGGGACAACAACGAAGAGGUCACGAAAUGGAUGGAGUAUCAACAGGAUGAGUCGAACUCGUUGUUGAAGAGAAAUAUCAACGCGAUCAAGAAAGAUUCGAUAAUAACCGAGAUCAAGACUCAUUUAGAGGAAUGUCCGGAGAUUGCAGUGGACGCAGUCGUGGAUAUAAUCCAGAAGUUGAAAGAUCACCAGCAGACUGAGGUGUUCAAGAGGGUGUUCAAUAAGUUUUAACAGAUUAAGGGUAAUCCGACCAACAUUCCAAUUUACCUCGACGGAGUGCUUCGAAUCGUCAUUCCUCACCUGUAAAUAUCCAAGUGAUGGGGUUUUCGAAGUGCCCGUUAUUUUUUUAUUAAGAUUUUCUGGGAAAAAGCUUGUACAUAUUUGAUAUAUAAGGUUCAAUACUUUUUUUAGGUACAGUUUAGGAUGAAGAGACGAAUUUUUCUAUUGGCCUUUUGUACAAAUUUUAUAUAAAGAAUGUUUAUUUAUUUAGAUAUUACUAUAAUUUAAUUACCACUGUUGAAAUAUAUUACUUUAAAAGUU